AUGGAGAUCGCCACCAUGCUCGCCCUCGGCCCCACCACACCAGGAUCCGGCGUUCUGCCAAUGUCCACCCUCUGGAUCACAUUACCAGCCGAACUAAAAAACCUCAUCCUCGAGCAUGCUAUCCCAAAGCGACUGGACCUCAACCUCAAAAUAUCUUUGUAUCAUCCGACGUGCGCACCUGUAGUAUUGGGUCAGGAGGAGCUGGAGGAAUGGGACUCCACGAUCUUGGAAUGGCAUCGGCUUCCUAUAAUGACUUCAAUCUCCCGUGACACCCGGAAGCAGGCUCUUCGCGCGCUGAAGAAGCACACCACCAUCUUUCUCACUUUAGACAGACGCAGCGAAAUCCCCGAUUCCUUGAAGAUUAUGGACAGGACGGAGCUUCGCGCMACCAUCUCCACAACAUUCUGCUUGACUCCUCCUUCCUACUCUUCCUCUUCAACUAUUGCUUGGGAACUCAAGACCAAGCAUCCGACUGCGGUUGAAUUGAGUAGUAUCCGCCGUCUGAUUGCUUCGUACGAUCCUAAGCCGAACUCGUAUCACGUUGGAAGAGUCAACGAGAUAGUCAACCAGACCUACUCUGGUAAACCUCAUAUUCGUGUCUUGGGCAUGGCCUCCUUUGCAGUUGAGUCCAUGACAAAUAAGCUCCCAGGCCUGGGCUGGAGACCACUCAUCACGGACGAAGGAUUACAAGACUGGCCUGAGAGCCUCGACAUAGAAUGGAUGGGAAUCGACCUUGAGAUCUUAAGGGAGUGGGAGAAGAAUAUUGACGCCAGUGACUAA